AUGCUGACAGCUAUCGUGUACCUGCAGGCGUUGAAGUUCGCCUUGCCAGCGAUAACGAUGCUUGGAGUAUCGCCUUGUUUUAUGAUGAUAUGGGGGACAUGGCGAAGUGUAUCGGCCGUGUUACCAACACGAUGGUACCACGCCGUAGACGAUAUCAUGUAUUCAAACUACCAGCGUCUAAUUGUCUUCUUUUAUGAGCAUUAUACGGGAGUAGAGGUUUUGCUGUACGGUGAUGUUGAUAUGCUGAACAAGAAAGAGAAUGUCAUCUACAUAAGUAAUCACCAAAGUACGAUAGACUGGAUAGUUUGUGAUUUUUUGUCUAUCAGACAAGGAAGUCUUGGACAUCUCAGAUAUGUACUCAAAGAUGGACUCAAGUAUUUCCCACUUUAUGGUUUUUACUUAGGAAUGCAUGGUGGUGUUUACGUAAAGAGAAGUGGACAGUUCCAAGAAAAAAAGUUCAUACGAAAACUAAACAGAUAUUCUAAGUAUAAUAUACCACUGUGGUUGGUCAUCUUCCCAGAGGGUACACGCUACAAUCCUAAUUUACCAAUUGUUAUUCAGAAAAGUCAAGGCUUUGCUUACAUGAGAGGCUACACUGUAUUAAAUCAAGUCCUGACACCGCGAGUAAAAGCGACGGCCGGAAGUCUGAAAAUACUGAGACAACAUAUUGAUGCCAUUUAUGAUAUUACUAUAGCAUACGAAUGGAAGAAUGACAACUACGUGAGACGAGCAGGUCCUGAUAUGACAG